AUGUUUACCGCCGUGGAUCCAGGCCUGCACAAAGUUCUGAGAAACCCGACAGCACAAGUGUAUUCCAUGACCAACGUACGGAGUUAUGAGCAACAUAUCGACGAUUGCACCAAGAUUUUUUUGGAUAUACUGAAACAGGUAGAAGGACAAGCACUUGAUUUCACCGAUUAUUUUCACUGGUAUGCCUUUGACGUGGUUGCCAGCAUAACCUAUCACAGAAGGCUGGGCUUCCUGGAUGCCCGCGGAGACGUGCACGGCAUGAUUAAGGGGCAAGAAGCUCUCCUCCCAUAUCUCGCAAUUAUUGGACAACUACCUUAUCUACACCCUUAUCUGUUUGGCAACCGACACAUGAUCGCUCUCAUGCAGAGACUGUUUCCCAGUCUUCCAGACCCACUCGGGGACCUGUUUGGGAACAUUGACAAGGAAAUCCGACGCUACGACCAGGAAGAGAAACACGACAGGCGUACGGAUUUCCUUGCGCAGCUGAGAGCCAAAGACAACCCUGAUCGGGUGAAUUUCAAGAGGGAUUUGAUGAACCAUCUAUCAAACAAUAUACUCGCCGGGAGUGACACGACCGCGACAGGAAUUCGAGCUAUUUUAUAUUUUCUCAUCAAAAAUCCCACAAAAUACAAGAAAGUGGUGGCUGAGAUCGACGAAGCUGAUUUGAACGGAAAGCUGUCACCAUAUGUGACAUAUGAAGAGAGUCAAAAACUUGAAUACUUCCGAGCCGUUGUCAAGGAAGCACUCCGACUCCAUGCUCCGACCUGCUUUCCCCUGGAGCGAGUGGUUCCUCCAGAGGGCGCCAGCCUCUGCGGUUACGAUAUGCCGGGGGGAACGAUCAUCGGCAUCAUGGCUCCCCUGAUUAACCACCACAAAGAGACCUAUGGCGAGGAUGCAGAUACGUUCCGUCCCGAAAGAUGGCUUGAGGCCGAUGCAGAGCAGCUCAUAGUUAUGGAACGUAACUUUACGACCUUUGGGCACGGUGAACGUGCGUGUAUCGGGAAGAACAUUGCCCUGCUGGAGAUGUCAAAAUUUGUUCCCCAGUUACUCCGACACUUCGAUGUCGAGUGGGCAUCUCAGUCCCCCGAAUGGACGACAUAUUCCUAUUGGUUCUGCAAGCAGAAGGACGUCAUACUGAGGUUCAAGUCACGGACGAAGACCGCGACCUAG